AUGUCGGGCUCGCAACAACACGUCGCUUCUGCAAGCAGUAAAGAAAAACGCAAAAAGGGAUGGAAACAAGUGGUUUAUAAGAGGAAGAAGAUUAAAAUGGCGCGGGUUAAAGGAGAGAAAUAUGAAAAUUAUAGAGGAAACAUUGUUGAGGCUAGAACACAGGGUAAACCCUGUGGUUGUAAAUCUCAAUGCUUCACAAAAGUACCAGAGGAUGUACGCAACGAGCUCUUCAAAAACUUCUACAAUCUCGAGACGAAAAACGAGCAAGAUUCCUAUCUUCAGGGCCUUAUAGACUACAGACCCAUUUCCAGAAGACGUCCAAGAGUUGACGCUAAUAAAGCCAGACCUAAAAUGUAUACUUUUAAGUACAACAUUGUGACGAAAGAAGAAAAAAUUAACGUUUGUAAGGCUGCGUUUUUGAGUUUGCAUUGCAUAUCAUCGGACAGAGUUAGAAGGGUUUCAGAUUUGCUUUUGCUCGGGAAGAUUCCUGAAGAUAAACGAGGGAGGAAAAGUCCAGAAAAGGAAGUUGUAGUGCUUAUACCUUAG